CAUAAUUACAGGUCGUAAAGUAGCAAUUGAUGCUUCUAUGUGCUUGUACCAAUUUUUAAUUGCUGUGAGAAGUGAAGGAGCACAAUUGACAUCAGCUGAUGGUGAGACGACGAGUCACUUGAUGGGAAUGUUUUACAGGACCAUCAGGCUUGUAGACAAUGGAGUUAAACCUCUGUAUGUUUUUGAUGGCAAGCCCCCUAAUUUGAAGGGUGGAGAGCUGGCAAAACGUGCUGAGAGACGUGAGGAAGCUCAAAAAGCUCUGGAAGCUGCUGAGGAAGCUGGUAAUGCUGAGGAUGUUGAUAGAUUCAACAGACGGUUGGUGAAAGUUACUACCACUCAUGCUGCAGAAGCUAAGCAGCUUCUUACUCUGAUGGGGAUUCCUUAUAUUACUGCUCCGUGCGAAGCUGAAGCUCAAUGCGCAGAGUUGGUGAAGUCUGGAAAAAUAUACGCGACAGCAACUGAAGAUAUGGAUGCUUUGACAUUCGGUAGUAACAUUUUACUUCGCCGAUUGACUUUUUCAGAAGCAAGAAAAAUGCCCGUGCAAGAAAUUCACCUCGACAAAGUACUUGCGGAGAUGGAGUUGAAUAAAGAUGAAUUUAUAGACCUGUGUAUCAUGCUGGGGUGCGAUUACACGGGAAGUAUCAAAGGUAUUGGCCCGAAAAGAGCUGUCGAGCUGAUUAAAACUCAUCGGUGCUUGGAGAAAAUUCUUGAAAAUAUUGACACUAAAAAAUACUCCGUACCUGAAGACUGGAAUUAUAAAGAAGCGAGAGAGCUGUUCAGGAAUCCGGAGAUCACUAAGGCAGAAGAGGUUGACUUCAAGUGGGGAGAACCCGAUGAAGAAGGUCUUGUUAAGUUUAUGUGUGGUGAUAAACAGUUUGCUGAAGACAGGAUCAGGAAUGGCUGCAAAAAACUCAUGAAAGCCAAGGGAGCGUCUACUCAAGGACGGCUGGAUUCGUUCUUUAAAAUUAUUCCUAGUACAACUCCUUCUAAACGCAAGGCUGACGAUAAAAAAGGUCCGGCAAAAAGAGGUAGAGGUGCUGGAGGAAGUAAAUUCCGUGGCAAGCCCAAGUAA